AGGGGCCGGAGCGCGGCGGCUGGUGCGGUGGCAGGCGGAGAGGAGGAAGCGGCGCGUCCCCCGAGGCGUGCGCCGGCCGACCCACCGACAGACGACAGACAGACCGACGCGUGGAGGGAGAGGCCGGGCGGCCAGAGAUCUGGUCUUGUGGGACCGCUUCGGGGCUUCCGGAUGCCCUCUUGCUUCGUGUGCCCUGGGCAGGUGUGGGGCAGGUGACGGCUCCGUCACCACCAUGGAUGGAGAGGGACUUUUUGAUGAGGAAAUCCAAACUGUCGAUACAAGCCAGGCUGAUAUGGCUGUCCAAGGUCUCCCUUUUGGGGAAUCCGAAUGAGGGAGAUCACAGACACCUUCACUGCGAAGCCAAGGACAUUCCUGUAUAAUCAGUGGAUGAAAGGAUUUUCUCAGACUCUCCUUCUCGCUUUUUAUUGAGGAUUAAUCCACCACCAUCUACGGUUCCAGUGGAAAUGACGUGGCACACAAUGUGGCAGAAGCCUAGAGCUCCCUCCGUAUUGCUCUGGACCCUUCCUUUAGCAUAAGGGAGUUUUCACACUUGCCACUCCCCCCACCCCUCACCCCCCAGCGCCCUUCUUCUGAUUGCCAUCCUCAACCGGCGGUCAUUCUCCGAGUUAAGUUCUAUUUCCAAAACUGUUCUCUGGAGCUAUAAGUGGAUUGCCAGAAAUGAGAGAUUAGGUGCUGGGAGAAGAGGAAGCGCCCUGUGUUGUGACCUCUCACUGCUGCGGCUGCCGACAUGAAGUGCUUUCUCCCGGUGCUGAGCUGUCUGGCUAUGCUGGGUGUGGUGUCAGCACAGCGGCAGGUCACAGUCCAGGAAGGACCCUUGUACAGAACAGAGGGCUCCCACAUCACCAUCUGGUGCAACGUGAGUGGCUACCAGGGACCCUCCGAGCAGAACUUCCAGUGGUCCAUUUACCUGCCGUCCGCCCCAGAGCGGGAGGUGCAGAUCGUCAGCACCGUGGACUCUUCUUUCCCCUACGCCAUCUAUACCCAGCGUGUCCGAGGUGGAAAGAUCUUCGUGGAAAGAGUCCAGGGGCACUCGGCUUUAUUGCACAUCACAGAUCUCCAGGCCCGGGACGCCGGGGAGUAUGAAUGCCACACGCCCAACACCGACGAGCGCUACUUUGGGAGUUACAGUGCCAAGAUGAACCUAGUGGUGAUCCCAGACUCCCUGCAGACCACUGCCGUGCCCCAGACCCUGCACAAAGUGGAGCAGGAUCCGCUGGAGCUCAGUUGCGAGGUGGCCACAGAGACGGUCCACCACAGCCACCUGUCUGUGACCUGGCUCCGGCAGAAGGGUGGCGAGAAGCCGGUGGAGGUCAUUUCCCUGAGCCGGGACUUCAUACUGCACUCCAGCAGCGAAUACGCCCAGAGGCAGAGCCUGGGGGAGGUGCGGCUGGACAAGCUGGGGAGGACCACCUUCCGCCUCACCAUCUUCCACCUGCAGCCUUCUGACCAGGGCGAGUUCUACUGCGAGGCCGCUGAGUGGAUCCAGGAUCCCGAUGGGUCAUGGUAUGCCAUGACCCGGAAGCGCUCCGAGGGUGCCGUGGUCAACGUCCAGCCCACUGACAAAGAGUUCACCGUUCGGCUGGAAACGGACAAGCGUCUGCACACAGUGGGUGAGCCCGUGGAGUUCCGAUGCAUCCUGGAGGCCCAGAACAUUCCCGACCGUUACUUUGCUGUCUCCUGGGCCUUCAACAGCUCCCUCAUCGCCAGCAUGGGGCCCAACGCCGUGCCCAUCCUCAACAGUGAAUUUGCCCACCGGGAAGCCAGGGGACAGCUUAAAGUGGCCAAAGAGAGUGACGGUGUCUUUGUGCUGAAGAUCUACCACCUGCGCCAGGAAGACAGUGGGAAAUACAACUGUCGUGUGACUGAGCGAGAGAAGACAGUCACUGGGGAAUUCAUUGACAAGGAGAGCAAGCGUCCCAAGAACAUUCCCAUCAUAGUCCACCCCCUCACAGAUAACUGGGUAGUUAAAGUCCCCCAGCACCACCAGAUCCUGCCCCAAGGCCACUUGGAGAGCAGCAUCUCCGUGGAGGUGGCCAGCAACGCCAGCAUCGUCCUUGAGGGCGAGGACCUGCACUUCUCCUGCAGUGUCCGCACAGCCGGCAAGCUGCAGGGCCGCUUCUCUGUCAUCUGGCAGCUCGUGGACAGGCAGAACCGCCGCAGCAACAUCAUGUGGCUAGACCGCGAUGGCACCGUGCAGCCGGGCUCAUCCUACUGGGAGCGCAGCAGCUUUGGGGGCAUCCAGAUGGAGCAGGUGCAGCCCAACUCCUUCAGCCUGGGCAUCUUCAACAGCAGGAAGGAGGACGAGGGCCAGUAUGAAUGCCACGUGACCGAAUGGGUGCGGGCGGUGGACGGCGAGUGGCAGAUCGUGGGGGAGCGCCGAGCCAGCACCCUGGUCUCCAUCACUGCUCUCGAAACGGGCUUUGCGGUCACAGCCAUCUCCCGGACGCCAGGGGUGACCUACAGCGACUCCUUUGACUUGCAGUGCAUCAUCAAACCUCACUACCCGUCCCGGGUCCCCGUGUCAGUGACGUGGCGGUUCCAGCCCGUGGGCACUGUUGAGUUCCAUGACCUGGUGACCUUCACACGGGAUGGAGGGGUCCAGUGGGGGGACAGGUCUUCCAGCUUCCGAACCCGGACCGCCAUCGAGAAGGCCGAGUCCAGCAACAACGUCCGCCUGAGCAUCAGCCGGGCCAGUGACACAGAGGCGGGCAAGUACCAGUGCGUGGCUGAACUGUGGAGGAGGAACUACAACAACACGUGGACGCGGCUGGCGGAGAGGACCUCCAACCUGCUGGAGAUCCGCGUGCUGCAGCCAGUGACAAAGCUGCAGGUGAGCAAAUCCAAGAGAACCCUCACCCUGGUGGAGAACAGGCCCAUUCAGCUGAACUGCUCAGUCAAGUCUCAGACCAGCCAGAACUCGCACUUCGCCGUGCUCUGGUACGUCCACAAGCCCUCCGACGCCGACGGCAAGCUCAUCCUCAAGACCACCCACAGCUCCGCCUUUGAGUACGGCACCUAUGCUGAGGAGGAGGGCCUGAGAGCCCGGCUGCAGUUCGAGAGGCACGUGUCUGGGGGCCUGUUCAGCCUCACUGUCCAGAGAGCGGAGGUCCGUGACAGCGGCAGCUACUAUUGCCACGUCGAGGAGUGGCUGCUGAGCCCCAACUACGCCUGGUACAAGCUGGCCGAGGAGGUUUCGGGACGCACAGAAGUCACCGUGAAGCAGCCAGACAGCCGCCUGAGGCUCAGCCAAGCCCACGGGAAUCUGUCGGUUCUGGAGACCCGGCAGGUGCAGCUGGAGUGCGUAGUCCUGAACCGCACCAGCGUGACCUCGCAGCUGGUGGUGGAGUGGUUUGUGUGGAAGCCCAAUCACCCGGAGCGGGAGACCGUGGCCCGCCUGAGCCGCGAGGCCACCUUCCACUAUGGAGAGCAGGCAGCCAAAAACAACCUGCAGGGACGGCUGCACCUGGAGAGCCCUUCCCCUGGUGUGUACCGACUCUUCAUCCAGAACGUGGCGGUGCAGGACAGCGGGACCUACAGCUGCCGCGUGGAGGAGUGGCUGCCCAGCCCCAGCGGCCUGUGGUACAAGAGGGCCGAGGACACUGCCGGACAGACUGCAGUUACGGUCAUGAGACCAGAUGCCGCCCUGCAGGUGGACACAGUGGUCCCCAACGCCACGGUGUCCGAGAAGGCGGCUUUUCAGCUGGACUGUAGCAUCGUGUCUCGUUCGAGCCAGGACUCCCGCUUUGCUGUGGCCUGGUAUUCCCUGAGGACUAAAGCAGGAGGGAAAAGGGGCAGCCCUGGUCUGGAAGAACUAGAGGAGAAAACAGAGGAGGAGGAGGAAGAGGAGGAGGAGGAGGAAGGGGAGGAGGAGGACGAACCAACAGAACGCAAGGUGCUGCUGCGGGUGGGCCCCGACGCUGUCUUUGGCCCAGAGGGCAGCCCUUGGGAGGGCCGGCUUCGCUUCCAGAGGCUCUCGCCCCUGCUUUACCGGCUCACGGUGCUGCAGGCCAGCCCCCACGACACGGGCAACUACUCCUGUCAUGUGGAGGAGUGGCUGCCCAGCCCUCAGAAGGAGUGGUACCGGCUGACAGAGGAGGAGUCCGCCCCCAUUGGCAUUCGCGUUCUGGACACCAGUUCCACCCUCCAGUCGCUCAUCUGCUCCAACGACGCGCUCUUCUACUUCGUCUUCUUCUACCCUUUCCCCAUCUUUGGCAUCCUGGUCAUCACCAUCCUGCUGGUACGCUUCAAAAGCCGGAACUCCAGCAAGAACUCGGAGGGGAAGAACGGGGUGCCUCUGUUGUGGAUCAAAGAGCCACACCUCAACUACUCCCCCACCUGCCUGGAGCCCCCGGUGCUGAGCAUCCACCCAGGAGCCAUAGACUAAGGGGGAUCCGCAGGGGACAUUGGCCACAGAGGGGCUGAGGCCCGCCCUUCCUGCCUCUUGCUCUGUGAUUGGACAGUCGACAGCACCCAAACGUGGGGGUGCCGGUGCAGAAAACUGUCAGCCUUGGAACGUGUUCAGAGCUCCGGGUCAGUCACCGAGACGGACUGCCCCAGGCGGUGGUCUUGGUUGGUUAGCUGUUUGCACCCAAAUGUCGUGAUCCUGCCGUUAUAGGUUUCUAGUUUUCGGUUUUGGUAAUGUAGUGAGUAGCUCCAGGUGCCACAUCUACUCACCGAUUUAUCUAGUAUUCCCAGAUAGAUGUUACGCGGGGAGUGGGGGGUUCUUAUUCUUUGUACUGUACUAUUUUAAAACCACUUUGAUUUAUCCCUUUUGGAUUCCAUAAGGUUGUGGACGAAUUUCUCUUACAUACAACCGAUGGCAAGAGGAAAGGACCACUUUGUAGUAACAAGGAAUCUCUUCCAAGACUUUUUGUUUUUUUGCACAUUUGAAAAUGCCACCCGUGGAUCAAAAUACAACCCAAACAUUUUUUUACUUUCUUAACGAGACUCGAAAAAUAUGGGUAGCGUGGGCCCAAUUUGUAUCUUAUCUUUUCCCUCAUGUGGAGUUGUUGGGACCACUUUGUAGUCAAGAUGAAAGCAUUGAAUUUUGCUUCAAAGAACUGCAUAUGUGCAAGAGAAAUCCUGCACAACCCCAUUAGGAGUAGAUGGUGCCCGGCCAGCCUAUCUGUCAGGGAGGCAAAAAGGCUUCAUCCUAUCCUUGCCAAAAAAAAAAAAAAUAAGAACACUGUCUUGGAGAAUGGGUCAGAAGUUCCAAGCAGCACAUGGUUUCUGAGCUGAAGUGGAGCAGGGCGCUGCUUUUGGCAGCUACUGACUCUCCCCUUGAUCAAAGCCAGUGAUUAGAGAGAAGGAAGGAAAAAACAGCUGGUUGUUGGCUUGAUCCAUUCUGCAUGGGCAGCUCCAGCUGAUCAUGGUGACAGGUGGCUUUUGUUGGCAGGUGCUUUGCCAAACUUGAGGGAAAGUUUCCAGUGAUCCUAGAAGCAGGACCAUCCUGAGGUCAGCACAGAGGCUGAAGCAGCGGCCAUCUAUACCCCAUGGAGGGCCCUGGGCCUGCAAGCACAGUGAGGGAGGAUGGGAGGGGGCUUCCAGGGCCUGAUGCUGAAGGGCCUUGAGGAAUAUCUGCCUCCCUGGAGGUGUGAGGACUAGGGUUUUCUUGUUCUUCCAAUGAAAUAUUGAAGUCUUCCUCAUUCACCAUUUCUGUCUCCCCAUGUCACUUCUGGAAGACUGCCAGCCUUGGGGACAUCCAGACAUGGCCCUUUGUAACCCUUUCGUUCACCUAGUCUCAGCAGACAGUGAGCACAUGUGUUGUCUUUGCCCUUCCCCCUCCCUUUUUUGGAUUUUUAUUUUUUAUUUUUUGGUGGUUUUAGGUUAUUUGGUUGGCAUGGUGGUUUUUUAUUUUAAUGCUCCAAGGGCCAGUGUCACUAUAUGUUGGGCCAGUUGCCUAGGUCCACUGGAGCAUCAUCAGUUGCAGAUACUUCCCUGUGCACACUCUGUGAAGAUCUCUUUAUACCCUGCUUCCCCAUAUUUUGCUGGCCAAGUGUGCCAUGUCCUUUUCCCUAGGAACUUGUACCUUGAAUUAUGAAGGGAGUCCCAUUUGGAAGAAGCCACCCCGGAUUCCAGAACUAAGUCGAACAAAAGAGAUUCCUGUGAAGCCCAGUCCUGAGAAUGUACCCACUCCAGGGAAGGCUGUGGGAUUCCCCAGGCUACACGGGCACGGAUCCGGGUCAGGGGUCUGCAGGUGCCCAGGCAGGGUGGGCCGUUAAGUGGACGCUGGCUGGGAGCAAGAUGACUGCUCCGCCAUUUUCGGAGAAAGGCAGACCUGUCUUUUUUCUGCCCAAUGCUCCAGCUCUGUCCUCUGAGACAGGGUGUAGGCACUGCCACCUUAAUCCCACGGAUGCCUACUAUGCUGAUUCCCACUUAUUAUGCUGCAUCAACAUGUUAGAGGUACCGAAUUGGCUCAGUCAUGAAGAAAGAAUGUCUUUUGCCCUGUUUCUUCAUUUCAGGGGGUGUGGGCUUUCCGUGGAAACUGCUGACUCCUGAUGUUUAGGCUGAGUCAACAAGGGGAGAUGACUGACUUUUCCUUUGUCUGAAUGGAAAGAUGCCAGAGGGCUGGCCAGGACUAAGAUUUCAGUUUGAAUUGGUUCAUAGCAGUAGAAAAGUAGGUGCUGCACGUAAUUAAAUAUGUGAAGCAAAUGCAGGAAAAUCGAAAUGAAAAAAGUAACCGAAGCCAGUAUUUUAAUAAUUGCUUUUUCUGUGUAUUUUCUACUGGGCUAGGGGAUUCCAUCAAAGGUUGAGCUUUUUGAGCUUUGUAUGAAAAAAACAAAAAAAACAAAACAAAAAAAAAAAACAACCCAGGACCUUCUUUCUUUGGCUAUUUCUAUGGGAAUGUGGUAUCAGAUGAAUGGUAAUGGUGCCCUCUAGUGGCUGCAAGACUUCAUUGCACAUUGUCCACUGGAGCUCAAGUCUUCUGAGUUCAAGAGAGGAAACCUGCUGGACUCUCUCCACUUACCUACGUCUACAAUGUUGCAUUUAUGGAAAACUACACUGUGCUAGGCGCAUCCCAGGACCUGGAUAUAACCACACCCUCUUUCACCAGGGUGUUUCUGUAGCAAGUUUUCAUAUUCUUUUCAAACAAUGGUUUCUCUGCGUUCAUUGUUGAAGAAAAAGAAAAAAAAAAAAGAGAUGGGGUAAGAAAACUACCCAUGCAUGAUGUAGAGGGCUGUUGAUUUUUUUGUUUUGUUUUGUUUUGUUUUUGUUUUUUUAAAGGAAAACUAUUUGUAAGAUGUUGCACUAAAACAUUUUAUAUACACUUCAGAGACCUGUAGUAAAUUAUGUUGACCAUA